UACAUGCUAGGAAUGCGUGGCCCACAUGAGCUGCAGGGGAGCACCCUGGGGUGGGUGCUCUCUAAGGAGAUGGGUCUCUAAGAAAUCACCAGAGAAGACAAGGCGUGGUGAGCCAGCUGUGAGUUUCUGCUGCUGCUCUGAGAAGAUGUCUGCCAAGAGCUAGGUCCACUGGCCCAAACAAAUCCUACUGGCUGCACCUGUCACCUGGGACCCUGCUCUGAGACAGUAUGAUAUCCAAUAGCAUUGCUCCAUUGUGGGCAAGAAUGACCUACAUUGCCAUGGAGAUAUUCAUCGGCUUCUUUGCCACCGUGGGCAACGUGCUUGUCAUUUGGGUGGUCAAGCUGAACCCCAGUCUGCAGACCACCACCUUCUAUUUCAUCGUCUCUCUAGCCCUGGCUGACAUUGCAGUUGGGCUGAUGGUCACACCUUUGGCCAUUGUGGUCAGUCUAGGAGUUGAGAUGUACUUCUACAGCUGCCUACUCAUGGCCUGCACGCUGCUGGUCUUUACCCAUGCCUCCAUCAUGUCCUUGCUGGCCAUUGCCAUCGACCGCUACCUGCGGGUCAAGCUCACUAUCAGUUGCAGGAUUCCUGAGAUUCCUAGGGUCUUUCGAUCUUUCCAGUGGAAGGUCCCCUUCGUUCGCAUCAUGGGGCUCUUCAUUCUGCUCUCUUUGGCUCUCCUUUCAGAUGGCAUGGUUAUGGAUGAGAAGAUCAAAGAAAGCUUUGUGAUGGAUGCAGCUUCAGCUGUCUGUAAUUACGAUGCCCAGUACAAGGACCACACUAAAUACUGGUGUAGGGGUUAUUUCCGGGACUACUGCACCAUCAUCGCCUUCACCCCCAACAACACCAAACGUGUGGCCCUGAGGGACACAGGAAACCAACUCAUUGUCACUGUGUCCUGCUUGACCAAGGAGGACACGGGCUGGUACUGGUGUGGCAUCCAGAGAGAUUUUGCUAGGGAUGACAUGGAUUUUACUGAGUUGAUUGUGAAUGACAACACACAGGGCCUGGCCAAGGACUUCUGGUCUGGGAAAGACCUAUCAGGCCAAAAGAACAGAAGUUGCAGGACUUCCAAAGUUGUCCAUAAGGCAGAUCGCUCCAGGAUGUCCAUUCUUAUCAUUUGCAUACUGAUCACCGGUUUGGGAAUCAUCUCUAUCAUCAGUCAUUUGUCCAAAAGAAGGAGAACUCAAAGGAAUAGACGGGUGGUUACCGGUAAAGGCCUCACUAGAAGCCCCCAGACCAACCAUGCUUCUUCUGUGAUCCCCACGCCUUUGUAGGCAACCAUGAAGCUCCUCCCAUGCCUGCUGACUACAAGGGAAAUGGCUCAAACCAAACAUGUGCAACGAAAGAUGUCUUUUAUUUAGUUCAUAAAUUAAGUAUGGUGCUAGAGUAGGAUCACUAUGGCAACUGGCCGGAAAUCUCAGGGAUUGAUUCUGAACUCUCAGGCUUUCUGAAGGACCCUUUAAACCUUGCCAGCCUCAUUCACAGCCCGGUAACAACAAUAGCAGUAGUCAGAAGAGCUAGAACAGAC